AUAGUAAAUAUUGCCAAAAUGGGCGAACCGAUUCCAAGUCCGUAUGACAUUAAUGGGCAACAUUUUAAUCCAGAUAUGUAUUUAGAGAAGCUAAUACAGGAACGCUCGUUGAACGAGAUCAUGGAUCACAAAUUUGAGAUUGUACAAGAUAUACAAGCACUGCACUCAGACAUGCAGACCCUUGUGUACGAUAACUACAACAAAUUCAUCUCGGCUACAGACACCAUAAGAAAGAUGAAAAGUGAUUUCAAGAAGAUGGAAGAUGAAAUGGAUCUCCUGGCAGCAAACAUGGAAUCUAUUACAUCAUUCUCUGAACAGAUAUCAUGCACACUACAGGAUACAAGGCAGCAAAUUACUAAACUUUCAGGUGUGCAUUCCUUGCUUAAACGUCUCCAGUUCCUUUUCAAGUUGCCAGGAAAACUGAAAGCAACACUUCAGGAAGGGAAUUAUUCUCAGGCAGUGCAAGAUUACAUACGUGCUCAGAGAGUCUUACAGCAGUAUGGCAACAUGGCAUCUUUUCAAGGCAUUCAGAGUGACUGUGAAGCCAUUGUUGAGGAACUGAAACAAAAGUUGCGAGAUCAAUUUAAAAGCAAGGAGGCUUCAGCAAAGGAACUAGCUGAGUCAGUUGAUUUGCUGCUUCAGCUGCAAGAACCAGCAGAUUCCUUAUGUGCUGAGUUUCUGGCACAUGCUGAGACUCGACUGGGUGAACAGCUAACUCUGCUAGAGGGACUGCAAGACCAGGAUAUUAUUGAAUUUGUGGAUAUUGGAAGUUCGGGUUUUCUCAGUGACCUUUGCCUGGUUGUAGCCUCGUACAAUGACAUGUUCAUCAACAGACCUCGCCUACACAACAUUCAACAGUGUGAUGAAUUGGAUUCUGUGGCGCUGUCGCAGCUGGGAAAUUUUGUGCUGCGCAAUAUGGAACACUAUUUCAGUCUGGUAGGAAAACGAGUAGAACAUGAACAAGAGCGUGGAUCAGGAGACACAGUGGUGCUGGUGCGGGCGCUCGAUCGUUUCCAUCGCAGGCUUCAAGCUAUGAAUACUUUAUUCUCUGAUACAGACUUUGCCAGAACUGGAACAGAGAUUGUUUUACGUGCUGGACGCCGCCAGUGUCGCUUCCACCUGCAGGCUUUGAAGGCUCACUUUGCUAACACAUUGGCUCAAGUGAGGCAGAGCCUCGCUGCUCCGAAGCUCAUCAGCCAAGAUGGAGAUGGUUCCACAAGUCUCUCAGAACUGCUCACCUCUCUUGUAUUAGCCACUGUUGAAAAAGUGAAAGGUGUUCUGCAAGAUCUUCUGAUUUUCUCACAGCCAGAUUUAACAUUUGGCUUGAAACCUCAUUUCUGUGAGGUAUUCUGUAUAGAUAAUGUACGUGAGGAUCUGGUGGUUGGCUUUCUGCAUCAUCUGACAGCAACCGCACGAGGCUUCUGUGUGUCUGGCGAUUCAAAGUCUCCUCCAGCCUUAUUACUCCUGCUUUCAAAAAUGUGUCUGGAAUUUGAGACUUCCAGUGUUCACUAUUUGUUAAGUCAGACUGAUGAGUGGUUCAAUAUUGAAGAUCGCCAUGGAUCUGGAAUCCUCACCAGUGAAGCAGAAAUCUGCACCAGCAUGAGAGCUGCAGCACAAGAGUUGCUGAACCAUUAUGUCAGGAUGCAGGGGCUCAGUGUGUCUCAGAUGUUGAGGAAAUCAGUUGAAACACGUGACUGGUUGCACACAAUUGAACCGCGCACAGUUCGGGCUGUUAUGAAGCGUGUAGUUGAGGAUAUUGCUGCUGUUGAUAGUCAGGUCGGUGCCUUGUAUGAGGAAGGACAGCGGGCAGAAAGGAGUUCAGAUUCCAGCAGGCGAACUCACAGUGCCAAUGUGUCUCGACAUAUGUAUCGUUCCAACUGGUCAUCGUAUGCACCCAGCCAACUGGACUCCAGCUUAGUGACAAAUAUUCAGAAGCUCUUCUCAGAGCGUAUCGAGAUUUUCUCAUCAGUUGAGUUCUCUAAAGUGUCCAUCCUCACCGGUAUCAUCAAGAUCAGUCUCAAGACUUUUCUUGAGUGUGUGCGAUUGCGUACAUUCAGCCGGUAUGGACUGCAACAGAUUCAAGUCGACACCCAUUAUUUGCAGCUGUAUCUAUGGAGAUUUGUUGCUGAUGAAAAUCUGGUUCACUUUCUAUUGGAUGAAAUCCUUGGCAGUGCUGUACAUCGAUGUCUGGACCCAGUACUGAUGGAACCCAGUGUUGUUGAGAUCAUAUGCGAGCGAGGUUGAGAAUUUUGCUGCAUCAGAGUCAAGACUGGAUCAUGUAUACUCUUAAAAACCUUUCAUAUCUUCUGUUGGAAGAAGGCAUUUGGCAUUGUAAUGUUAUCAUACAGGUCCUUUGUAAGAAGCUUCCUUUAUCCUUAGGUUUCAUUCAUAAACCAUCCAGUGAUAUUCCCAGAAUUUUACAUGAUAUACUUUGUUCCCAUGUUGCAUAUCUUGAAAGUUUUCUGGCUUAAUUCUGACAAUUGUAUUUCACUAUAUCUCUGCACUCUGAGCUUUUGCAUGUAGUUCUUAUGUUUUCAGAGGAUGACAUCACUAUGGCUUUCUGUAUGCAGUGACAGUGUGUAUUGUAUGUUAGGGAACAUAAACUGAAAUUUCAGCACUACUAAAGGAAUAAUGUCAUAUUCAGACAUAUGGAACCUGUGUAAUUUGUAUGAAACAAUUGUAAGUGUAUUGUUUAUUUUUAAUAUAUGACAUUUACUUUGAAGAGAAAUAAACAAGGAUGAGAAGUAA